AAUUAUGAAACUUUUUAUUUUCAUAUUUAUGUUUCAGAUGUAAUAAUGUAGCUCUUAGAUUAUGAUGUUGUAAGUAAUUUAUAUUAAGAACCAGAUGUUAAAAGAAACAUAUAUAAAUUAUAAAUAUAUAAUGAGUUAUAAAUUUAACAUACAUGAUUUCUAAAAUUUAUAAUUUCUCUAGGAAAAAUAUUAAUGCAAAACUUCCCGGUCAAUCCACCCUUUGAUGCAUCGGCUCCUAAUUUUACCCUAAACUUCAAUACCCUUUGCUAGUCAACUAAUGAAUGGCCGAUGGAAAAAAAAAACUAAUGAAUGGCCUAAAAUCUCUCGGACCAUACAAGCUUUGUCAUUUCUAACACAACUUUUAAAAAAAAAAUUCCAAUCACGUUGAAGUAAUUAAUGUAUACGUAAUACGUUAGUAAAUGAUAAUGCGUUGCGUUAGACUGUUCUUAUCGAAUUUGUAUUUAAGACUAUAUUUAUUCAGUACGACUACAUAACUACAUGUAAAUUUAGAUGAUAACAUUCAAACUUAAUUAAUGUUUUUACUUUUCUCACUCCUCGUCUUUAAGAGUCAUUGAAUAAAACAUUUUAGUAAGAUUCUCUUAUCAGAAUCAAACAUUUGGCACAUAUAAAGCUAAUGAUUUAAGAUUUCUUAACCAAAAAGAAACAUUUUGACCACGCAGGUGUAUUGGGUGGUAUGGCAUGCUCGGAAAAGUGCUAAGCUCCGGAUCUGAAACCUACUACUUAGAUUUAUCCGUCUGAAUGUGGUCAGAUAGGGUGGCUAUCUAACUCUCACAUACAGCAACCGAGCUUUUGUAUCAUCGGUAGGUCCCCCUCCAUAAGAUUAUUAGAUUAAUCGGCCUUUCAGGAUUGGAUAUUAAUCCAGAUUAUUAAAAAAACAAUAUAUUUUACAAAAACUCCUAUGUAAAUGGGAAUAACUUUGCAGCUUAUUUAAUAAUUAAUUUAUUCGUUUGGCACAUAUAAAGCUGAUGAUUUCAGAUUUAUUAACCAAAACGAAACAUUUUACUCCACUAGUUAAAAAAAAUAAGUUUCCUUACGUCUGUGCACAAAAAAGAAGAAAGUUUCCUUACAUCUUUAUUACAGUCAAUGGUCAUCAACACCAAAAUAAAGGUCUGAUAUGAAUAAUAAUCCAAUUCAAUCCGUAUCAUACUUCCUUUUAUGUAAAAGCUCUGUAAAGAUAUGAUACCAAAAUUACUAUAAAGUCUAAACAAUCUUAUUAUUUUUAUGCACCCAAAAGAAAAUAAUAUAACUCAAUCAAGAUCUCAAAUCAACCACAACUUGAGGAAGAAAACUCUUCAGUAUCAGAGAGACAAAGCAUUGUGUUUUUGAAGACCAAUGAGAGACAUGACAGAGAUAAGAUCGGGACUUGAGUCGGAAUCUGAUCCUUACGCCGACGAUGAAAUAAGUAUAGUUCCACAAGUGGAGUUAACCGUGCCUAAAACCGAUGAUCCAACUGCACCGACGGUUACAUUCAGGAUGUGGGUUUUGGGCAUAGCCGCGUGCGUCCUCUUGUCAUUUGUCAACCAGUUCUUUUGGUACAGAACCAAUCCUUUGACCAUCUCAUCUGUGUCUGCUCAGAUUGCUGUUGUUCCCAUUGGUCAUCUCAUGGCUAAGGUUCUUCCGACAAGGAGAUUUUUCCAAGGGACUAGGUGGUCUUUCACGAUGAAUCCUGGUCCGUUUAGUACCAAAGAACAUGUUCUUAUAACUGUGUUCGCAAACUCAGGCUCCGGAGCUGUUUACGCUAGUCAUAUUCUUAGUGCUGUUAAGCUUUUUUACAAGAGAAGGCUUGAUUUCUUUCCUGCUUUACUCAUUAUGAUCACAACUCAGGUAUUGGGAUUUGGUUGGGCUGGUUUGUACAGGAAACAUUUAGUUGAGCCUGGUGAGAUGUGGUGGCCAAGCAAUCUCGUUCAAGUAUCUCUUUUCAGAGCGUUGCACGAGAAAGAGGUGAAAUCGAAAUGGGGAAUUACUAGAAACCAGUUCUUUGUUAUCGCGCUAGUCACCAGCUUCUCAUAUUAUAUUCUUCCCGGUUACCUCUUCAGUCUCUUGACCACCGUCUCUUGGCUAUGUUGGAUUAGACCUAAAUCUAUUUUAGUAAACCAGCUCGGUUCAGGGUCAGUUGGUCUCGGUAUCGGAGCCUUUGGUCUAGACUGGGCAACCAUUGCGUCUUACCUCGGAAGCCCACUCGCUAGCCCGUUCUUCGCGACAGCAAAUAUAGCGGUCGGGUUCUUUCUUCUCAUGUACGUAAUCACACCCUUAUCGUACUAUCUAGACUUCUUCCACGCCAGAACCUUCCCAAUCUACUCCGGUAAACUCUUUGUAUCCAACGGACAAGAGUACAAGGUAAGGAACAUCAUCAACGACGAGUUCCGGCUUGAUCACAAGGCGUACGCAGAGGCAGGACCAGUCCACAUGAGCACUUUCUUUGCUGUUUCUUACGGGCUAGGUUUCGCCACCUUGACUGCUAGUGUUGUCCAUGUAUUGCUUUUCAACGGCAAAGAUCUUUGGAACCAAUCCAAAGGAGUGCUUCGUGGAAACAAGAAAAUGGAUAUACAUACAAAAAUCAUGAAAAGGAAUUACAAAGAAGUUCCUCUCUGGUGGUUCCUUUCGAUUUUCGCUGUGAAUAUUGCAGUUGUUAUCUUCAUGUGUUUUUACUAUAAGACGCAGAUUCAGCUUCCUUGGUGGGGAGCUUUCUUGGCUUGUUUGAUAGCUAUCUUCUUCACUCCUCUCGUCGGUGUGAUCAAGGCCACUACUAACCAGGCUCCGGGUUUGAAUAUUAUCACGGAAUACAUCAUUGGGUAUGCUUAUCCAGAGAGACCUGUUGCUAACAUAUGCUUCAAGACUUACGGAUACAUAAGCAUGUCUCAAUCUUUGACUUUCCUUGCUGAUUUGAAGCUUGGAUCUUACAUGAAAAUCCCCCCAAGAACCAUGUUUAUGGCACAGGUAGUGGGAACUUUAGUAGCAGUUCUUGUUUAUGCAUCAACAGCUUGGUGGCUAAUGGCCGAGAUCCCAAACCUCUGCGACACUUCUCUCCUUCCACCAGGAAGUCAAUGGACAUGCCCAACCGAUCGUGUCUUCUUCGACGCAUCAGUAAUCUGGGGACUUGUAGGACCGAGAAGAAUGUUUGGUGAUCUUGGAGAAUACGCAAACAUAAACUGGUUCUUCCUAGGGGGUGCAAUAGCUCCAGCUUUGGUCUACUUAGCCACAAGAAUCUUCCCAAAGAAGAAAUGGAUCUCAAACAUUCACAUGCCAGUUCUGAUUGGAGCCACGGCUAUAAUGCCGCCAGCUACUGCGGUUAACUUCACGAGCUGGCUUGUUAUGGCGUUUGUGUUUGGACAUUUCGUGUUUAAGUACAAAAGAGAAUGGUGGCAGAGAUACAACUAUGUUUUGUCUGGAGGAAUGGAUGCAGGAACUGGGUUUAUGUCUGUGCUUUUGUUUCUUGCGUUGCAACGUAGUGACAUUAUGCUUGGUUGGUGGGGAAACUCUGGUGAAGGUUGUCCUGUUGCUAAAUGUCCAACUGCAAAAGGUGUGAUUGUUCAUGGUUGUCCUGUUUUCUAGACCAUUUAUGUUGGUUCUUAAGAGCAGUUUAAAUUAAGCCGAUUUUAUUUUGUAAGUUAUAAAAAUGUUUACUUAUUAAAAUGCUGAGAUGAAAAUGCUUUAAAAUCUCUAUA